CCCCCCCAGCCCGCCGGGUUUGGAUGGCCGUGCCAUGGAGGAGGAGGCUCCGUUCCGGAGGGUCAAGACGCGGCGCAAGCGGAGCCGGUGCCCGCGCGGCGUGCCGCUGCCCGCGAUCGCGUGCGAGGACGAGUUCGACUGCAAGGAGCUCGAGGCGCUGUUCCGCGGCUACGGCCUGAAGCUAGAGCAGACCGCCACACUCAAAGCGCUCGCGGUGCUCGUGGCGCUGUCCUGCGCGCUCGCGGCGCUCGAGCUGCUCUCCGGCGGGACCGGCGGCGGCGGUAGCAGCGGCGGGAGCUCCGCCACGGUGGCGCGCGCCUCCCACCCGGUGCACGGCGUGGUGUUCGCCUCGCUCUUCGUCGUCACCAACGUGAAGUACCUGCGCGCGGCGCAGCUGCAGCAGAUCGCGCACCUCGCGCUGCUCUUCAGCUUUACCUUCUCGCUCCCGUGCUGCCCGUUCCCGCGCCUCGCGCCCGGCAGCGCCGAGCCGCCCCCCGCGCCGGAGCACGGAGUCUGGCAGCUGAUGCUCGUUACCUUCGUGGCCUACGCGCUGCUGCCGGUGCGCACGCUGCUCGCCGUGCUGUUCGGGAUAGUGGUGGCCGUGUCUCACACCACGGUCACCGCCACCAGCGUCACCGCCCGCACCCACAAACUCUGGAGAACCAUGGUGGCCAACACAGUUCUCUUCACCAGCGUGAACCUGUCGGGUCUGUUUGUGAGGAUUCUGACUGAGCGCGCUCAGAGGAAAGCUUUUCUCCAGGCGAGGAACUGCAUCGAGGAGCGGCUGCGCAUGGAGGACGAGAACGAGAAACAGGAGCGGCUGCUGAUGAGUCUCCUGCCCAGGAACGUGGCGAUGGAGAUGAAGGAAGACUUCCUGAAGCCUCCUGAGAGGAUCUUCCACAAGAUUUACAUCCAGCGGCACGACAACGUCAGCAUCCUGUUUGCGGAUAUCGUGGGAUUCACCAGUCUGGCGUCGCAGUGCACGGCGCAGGAGUUGGUGAAGCUGCUGAACGAACUCUUCGGAAAGUUCGACGAGCUGGCCACGGAGAACCACUGCCGGCGCAUUAAGAUUCUGGGAGACUGUUAUUACUGCGUGUCGGGACUGACCCAGCCCAAGACUGACCACGCCCACUGCUGUGUGGAGAUGGGGCUGGACAUGAUCGACACGAUCACGUCGGUAGCGGAGGCCACUGAGGUGGAUCUGAACAUGCGUGUGGGUUUACACACGGGCCGGGUGCUCUGCGGCGUUCUGGGACUCAGGAAGUGGCAGUAUGACGUCUGGUCGAACGACGUGACCCUGGCCAACGUGAUGGAGGCUGGAGGACUGCCUGGGAAGGUGCACAUCACGCGGUCGACGCUGGAGUGCCUGAACGGGGAUUACGAGGUGGAGCCGGGAAAUGGACAGGAGAGAAACGCCUUCCUGCAGAAGCACAACAUCGAGACUUUCUUUAUAGUUCCGUCUCACCGGAGGAAGAUCUUCCCUGGGCUCAUCCUUUCAGACAUCAAACCCGCCAAGAAGAUGAAGUUUAAGACGGUGUGCUACCUGCUGGUGCAGCUCAUGCACUGCCGCAAGAUGUUCAAGGCUGAGAUCCCGUUCUCCAACGUCAUGAACUGCGAGGAUGGGGACAAGAGGAGGGUUCUCCGCUCGGCUCCGGAGAAGUUACGGAACCGGACGUCCGUAGCUGCUAACGUGACUCAGAGCAGCCCGGGGACCCGAGUGAACCGCUACAUCGGCCGUCUGAUCGAGGCGCGGCAGACGGAGUCGGACACUGCCGACCUGCACUUUCUCACACUCAUGUACAAGUGCUCCGAGCGCGAGAAGAGGUAUCAUCAUUUACACGAUGAGUACUUCACUGGAGCGGUGGUGCUCUCUCUAAUCCUAGCUGCCUUGUUUGGCCUUGUCUAUCUUCUCAUCAUGCCACAGGGGACAGUAGUACUGGUGCUGCUGGUUUUCUGCAUCUGUUUCCUUGUAGCUUGUAUCAUGUAUCUUCAUGUCACUAGAGUGCAGUGUUUUCCAGGGUGCCUCACCAUACAGAUCCGAACGGUCCUGUGUGUGCUCAUAGUGCUCUUAAUCUAUGCUGUGGCCCAAGCUUGUGUGGUGGGCUGCAUGCCAUGGCUCUGGUCUACCAACUCCACCAGCUCCAUCGUCAUCAUUGACUCAGCAGGUGGUGCCAACAGAACCAUGGCAGAGUUGCCCUGUGACGGGGCGCAGUAUGCCUUCUUGGCCUGCAUCAUGGGCACCAUGACCAUGGCCCUGUUCCUGAGAGUGUCCUGGCUGCCCAAGAUGCUCCUGCUGGUCAUGGUGGCAGUCAGCUACAUCACCGUGCUGGAGCUGAGCGGCUACCGCAGGGCCAUAACUGGGGGCAGCGUGGGCUCCUUUAACGUCCGUGGCUUCGAGCCCAUCCUAUCUUUGCUGCUGUUCUCCAGUGCGCUGGCUCUGCACUCCCGCCAGCUGGAGCUCAAGCUGCGCCUGGACUUCCUCUGGGCCACACAGGCGGAGGAGGAGAGGGACGGCAUGGAGAAAGUAAAGCUGGAUAACCGGAGGAUCCUCUUCAACCUGCUCCCUGUACACGUGGCCCAGCACUUCCUAAUGUCCAACCCCAGGAACAUGGAUCUCUAUUACCAGUCCUACGCCCAGGUCGGGGUGCUGUUCGCAUCCAUUCCCAACUUCAACGACUUCUACAUCGAGCUGGACGGAAACAACAUGGGCGUGGAGUGCCUGCGUCUUCUCAACGAGAUCAUCGCUGACUUCGAUGAGCUCAUGGAUAAGGAAUGCUACAAAGACAUUGAGAAGAUCAAAACCAUUGGCAGCACCUACAUGGCAGCUGUGGGACUGGUGCCCACUGUUGGCACUAAGGCUAAGAAGUCUGCAGCAUCUCAUCUGAGCACGAUAGCAGAUUUUGCUAUUGAAAUGUUCGACGUUCUUGAUGAAAUCAACUACCAGUCGUACAAUGAUUUUGUGCUGAGAGUGGGUAUUAAUGUGGGCCCUGUGGUGGCCGGAGUCAUUGGGGCCAGGAGGCCUCAGUAUGAUAUCUGGGGGAACACGGUGAACGUGGCCAGCCGCAUGGACAGCACAGGGGUCCCGGGAAAGAUCCAGGUGACGGAGGACGUGAACCGUCUGCUGCAGAACGACUACGACCUGGUGUGCCGGGGGAACGUGAGCGUGAAGGGCAAAGGUCAGAUGCUGACCUACUUCCUAGAGGGCAAGUCUCAGGGGGCGGGUCAGCGAGCCCCCCAGUUCUCAGCCAGCAUGGAGCGGCGGGUGUUCGCGGUGGGUCGCACCAGCAGCGUCCUCACCAAGACCGCCAGCACCUCGUCCGCCGCCUCGGGACUGGCCGCCAGGGUCGGGGUCAGCAGCGCCCAGCUUGGGAACAACUCCACCACGCCCGCCAAGAGGACCACCACCUACGUCCCCGUGGUGGGGGAGGAGGACGAGGCGGACACGGAGGAGGAAGGGGAGGUGUAGGGUCUGGAGCGAGCUCUGCUCUGCAGGGAGCAGGCCAAAGUCAGUAUGAGGUGCCAAACUGGCCUAAAGUGGAGCUGUAAGGAAAUUUGGAGCUGGUUCGGCUCUGCCGUGAAAUAAAUCGUUUUAUGAGGAGGGUGAAGUACCACCAUCUGCAUUGCUUCAUGCAAUGCAGAUUAGGCUACUAUUGCAGUUUGACCAAUCAGGUAGGUGCGUCAUCAGUAUGGACCAAGCCAAAUGGACCAAAAGGCUUGAGAUUGGUGCACCAAACAAGCCUGAAGUGAGCAGAAACUCAGUGACUCUACAUGGUGACACUUUUUGAUUUCCGUUUUUGGCAAGCUGGAAACGACCACCUUAAAAAAAACAGGAAGGAUACAAAAAAAAUUUGGGACGCUAGUAUGGUGCACCAAAUGGUUCAAAAAGAAAAAAAAGCUACAGUCUCAUGUUCAAUCUCUUCAGGGUAAGGCAUGCUCUGGAAUUUACCGUAUAAUAAAAGUCUCAAAUACUGGAAGAAGGGCAAAGAAAUGAGAAUGGCUAGAUGGAAUUUUGUCUUCCCUUUCUAAUCGUUCAUAUUUAGCUCAUGGUGAAAAAACUAAAAACCAGCAGAACAUCAGAAGGGUUGAGCUGAAGACAGCAGGCGAGUUUUUUUAGUUUUUUGAGCCUAAAAACAUGCAGGAAACUUCAGGAUUCAAGAGUUUAAGAAGCAUCAAGAGCUUUAAAACCUUCAAGAGCUUCACGUCAAAAAUGUAUCAUUAUCAACAAGACAAGACUGGACUUUUUAUGUAUCAUAUGCCAAGAUUAUCCCAUUGUAAAUACUUAGAUGUUCUUAUUCUUCUUCUUCUUAUUAUUAUUAUUAUUAUUAUUAUUAUUAAAUUUGUGUACUAACUUUUUGUAUACUAUUAUACAGUGAGUUUGAGUGCAGUUCGAGUGUAUGUAUGCAUGUAUGUAUGUGUGUGAAAAUGCUGCACCGUGUAAUGAAAUUAGCACAAAAGGACAUAUCACGCACCUCCAUGACACUUUGUCGUUUUAUCUGAAAAAACAAAAAGCAAUUUACUGAGCGAUAUAUAUAUAUAUAUAUAAAGGCUUGUUUUUUUGGGUUGUUACUAUUAUAGAUGUUACUUUUCUGAAAGCUGUGUAGCUUCUGUAUCUACUGCAUUGACUUUUUUAUCAAUCAGGACUUUUUUUUUCUUUCGAGCUGCUGCUGUAGUUUCUUUCUUUCUUUUUUUUUUUUUACUUUUUUCAGGUUAAAGGUUUAGUCUGCGACCGUGGCACUGCACUGGUGACUUCUUUUGUAAAUUUAAUAUAUACAUAUAUAUAUGCUGUUGACAUGUGGAAACUUUCUUCUUAUCAGGGCACUUCUAUUAGAAAUAGAAGACUUUUACGAAUGGCCUCAAACUACUGUAAGUAGAUGCCUGUAGAUGCAACUAUAAAGACUCGAAAGACGUUGGGCAACCGUGAGUACAUUAUAUAUGUAUGUCCGAGUGGCACAGAUCCAGUAGCACCAAUGUAGGAGGAAAUACUACUACUAGACGUUCACUAGAGGGUGCUAAACUUAAGCUGCUGCUGUUGGUUGGUAAUAGGGCUGCACGAUAUUGGGAAAAAAAUGCAUUGGAAAUGUUCUUUUUAAGGCAAUAAACAGGGGUUGGACAAUGAAACUGAAACCUGGUUUUAGACCACAAUAAUUUAUUGUGGUGACGGACAGUUCUGGUGGAAACAGGAGAGUUGAGGUGCACAUUUUUUUAUUGCAUCCACAGUUAAUCCUGUUGGAUGUGAUCCUUCUUGGUGGUAUGCUGACAUUUCCCUGGAUACCGUGGCCCUUGAUGCAUCACAAAGACUUGCUGUCUUGGUCACAGAUGCUCCAGCAAGACGUGCACCAAAAAUUUGUCCUCUUUUGAACUCUGGUGUGUCACCCAUAAUGUUGUGUGCAUUGCAAUAUUUAGAGCAGAACUGUGCUCUUACCCUGCUAAUUGAACCUUCACACUCUUACUGCUCUUACUGGUGCAAUGUGCAAUUAAUGACGAUUGGCCACCAGGCUGCUCCAAUUUAGCCAUGAAACCUCCCACACUAAAAUGACAGGUGUUUCAGUUUCAUUGUCCAACCCCUGUAUAUCAUGAUAUUAAACAAUGCAGAGCCCAUGACGUCACCAGAUCAAGAGCUGAGUCAGAGCCGAGCUCUCAAAACCAGAGGAAAUCAGCAAAACAACACUUAUCUGCCUUUUAAUCAGGCAUUAAAAUGGCUUUUUUAAAGGCAAAUAUGAGCGUUUUUCUGGAAUUAGAAAUUAAAAGCGUGAAUUCAGCUGUAACUGGAAAUAUCUGCACCGCAAAACUUGCACAACUGUGCUGGACUGAGGUGCACAGCUUUCGACACGUGCCCACGUUUACAAGCACGUGCCCAACCAUGUGGAUAGAGGCCAUGCGUGUGGUUACCUCGUGUUAGCUCCUCACACUUCCCUUCACACUUCUGAGGCAGCAGCAGCCUGUCAAUCACACAGUCACAGAGACCGCGCUGUGUAUCUACAGUACUUCUUGUGUCAAUUGGAAUCAAAACAUUGCAACAUGACGUGUUUGAUUGAUUUAAUUGCCUUUAGUGAAAAUGCACGUCCUUCGAUGUGACUGUUGCGCAUGUGCACAUCACGAUGACGAUGCUAUAACGAUAUAUAUCGUGCAGCCCUAUGUUGUUAAAGCUGGUUUUCUGCUAAUGCUAAAGGAAACAGUGCAGUUUAGUGUGUAUUCACAUUUGAUUCAGCUCAUUCAAAGGAUUCAAACGAUUCAAUGAAAAAUCGAACUAAGACAUGUCUGGAGUUUAAAUUUUGGCUGUUGCUUCUUAAAUACACUUAAAAAUACACUUUUCUUUAGUUAUUCUUUCCGGUAUAAUAGUAUGCUACUUUGCUUGGGGCCUAUUUACCACCCAGGGCCUAUUUACAAAGGGCUUGUUACAUUUACAUUCAAUGCAAGAGAGCCCAUAUACAUACAGCUCUGGAAAAAAUUAAGGGAUCACUUCAGUUUCUCUC